CCGACGUCACUCGUAGUGGCUGGAGGAAAAGAGUUUGAAGGCGUCCGGGCGGAAAGAGUGGAGUGAAACUUGAAGAGAAAGAAAGACGAGCCGGCCGACUUUAAAGACAAGAAGAAGUUAACGACACGACCGGGGAAGACAUCGGCAAUGAUAGCCUCGCAUCUUCUGGCGUAUUACGUUACCGAGCUUCAGCACGACCAGGUGCAAAAUGUGGACAAGUACCUGUAUCACAUGCGGCUCUCAGAUGAGAACCUCAUGGAUGUGUCCAGGCGCUUCAGGAGGGAGAUGGACAAAGGACUGGGUAAGGACACCAACCUGACCGCCUCGGUCAAGAUGCUGCCUACUUUCGUCCGCUCCACACCUGACGGCACAGAAAGUGGUGAUUUCCUGGCUCUGGACCUCGGAGGAACCAAUUUCCGUAUCCUGCUCGUAAAGGUGUCUGCAAAUGGCAAACAGAAAGUGGAGAUGGAGAACCAAAUCUACGCCAUUCCAGAGACCCUGAUGAGGGGCAGCGGGACAGAGCUCUUCGACCACAUCGCUGAGUGCCUGGCCAAUUUCAUGGACAAAAUGGGGAUCAAAAACAAGAAACUGCCUCUGGGCUUCACCUUUUCUUUCCCGUGUCGGCAGACCAAACUGGACGAGAGUUUCCUGGUAUCGUGGACUAAGGGCUUCAAGGCGAGCGGAGUGGAGGGCAAGGACGUUGUGGGUCUGCUGAGGAAAGCCAUCCAGAGGAGAGCGGACUUUGACAUUGAUAUUGUUGCUGUGAUCAAUGACACCGUUGGCACUAUGAUGACCUGCGGUUAUGACGACCAUCACUGUGAGAUUGGCCUCAUUGUAGGUACGGGCACGAACGCCUGCUACAUGGAGGAGAUGCGUAACCUGGAGUUGGUGGAGGGGGACGAGGGCCGCAUGUGCGUGAACAUGGAGUGGGGGGCGUUCGGAGAUGACGGCUCCCUCGAGGACCUUCGCACUGAUUUCGACCGCGAGAUUGAUGCCGGCUCGAUCAACCCGGGCAAACAGCUCUUCGAGAAGAUGAUCAGCGGGAUGUAUAUGGGGGAGCUGGUGCGAAUCGUCCUGGUGAAGAUGGCCAGAGAGGGGCUGGUGUUUCGGGGCCACACCACAGCAGAUCUUCUGGUUACUGGACACUUCAAGACCAGCUACGUCUCUGCCAUCGAGAAUCCGAAAGAUAAGGACGGCCUGGUGUACGCGGAGCAGGUCCUGCGAGGCCUGGGCCUGGACCCGUCGGCCGAGGACUGCGUGGCCGUCCAGCGCGUGUGUCAGAUCGUGUCCACGCGAGCGGCGCACCUGUGUGCAGCCACGCUGGCCGCCGUCCUGCGGCAGAUCCGGGAUAACAAGGCAGCAGAGAGGCUGCGCACUACGAUCGGCGUGGACGGAUCCGUCUACAAGAACCACCCACAGUUUGCGCGACGGCUGCACAAAAUGGUUCGACUGUUGGUGCCGGACUGUGACGUGCGUUUCCUGCGGUCGGAGGACGGCAGUGGAAAGGGUGCUGCCAUGGUAACGGCGGUGGCGUACCGGCUGGCCGAGCAGCACGCGGAGCGUCAGCGUGUGCUGGACACGCUGCGGCUGAGCCGAGAGCAGCUGCUGGAGGUGAAGAAGAGGAUGGAGGGAGAGAUGAAGAAAGGACUGGCCAAAAACACGCACGACUCGGCCACUGUCAAAAUGCUGCCCACAUUCGUCCGGUCCACACCUGACGGCACAGAGCGAGGAGACUUCCUGGCACUGGAUCUGGGCGGAACGAACUUCCGGGUGUUGCUGGUCCGCGUGCGCAGCGGGAAGCGGCGCAGCGUGGAGAUGCACAACAAAAUCUACGCCAUCCCACAGGACUUCAUGCAGGGCACUGGGGAAGAGCUGUUUGACCACAUUGUCCACUGUAUUGGCGACUUCCUGGAGUACAUGGGAAUGAAGGGGGCGUCGCUGCCGCUGGGCUUCACUUUCUCUUUCCCCUGCAGUCAAACCCGUCUGGACGAGGGUAUUUUGCUGAAGUGGACGAAGGGCUUCAAGGCUACAGGCUGUGAAGGCGAGGACGUAGCGUUGCUCCUGAAAGACGCCAUCCAUCGCAUGGAGGAGUUUGAUCUGGACGUGGUUGCCGUGGUGAAUGACACGGUCGGGACGAUGAUGACGUGCGGUUAUGAGGAUCCGCGCUGUGAAGUGGGGCUCAUUGUGGGUACGGGUACGAACGCCUGCUACAUGGAGGAGAUGCGGAAUGUGGAGCUGGUGGAGGGAGACGAGGGUCUGAUGUGUGUGAACAUGGAGUGGGGAGCGUUCGGAGACGGCGGGGAGCUGGAAGACUUCUACACAGAGUUCGACAGAGCUGUGGAUAAAUGCUCAACAAACCCAGGCAGACAGAGGUUUGAGAAGAUGAUCAGUGGGAUGUACCUGGGGGAGAUUGUGAGGAACGUGCUGCUGGACUUCACGGCCAAAGGCCUGCUCUUCCGCGGAAAACUCUCUGAAAGACUCAAAACCCGCGGCAUCUUCGAGACCAAGUUCCUUUCCCAGAUUGAGAGUGACCGCUUGGCUCUGAGGCAGGUGCGGUCCAUCGUGCAGCACCUGGGUCUGACCACCAGUACGUGUGAUGACAGUAUCCUGGUGAAGGAGGUGUGCACUGUGGUGGCCCGCAGAGCCGCCCAGCUAUGUGGUGCUGGACUCGCAGCGGUGGUCGACAAAAUCCGGAAGAACCGUGACCUCCAGCAGCUCUCCAUCACGGUGGGAGUGGACGGCACACUCUAUAAACUCCACCCACAUUUCUCCACCGUCAUGAAGGAAACCCUGCGGGAUCUGGCGCCCCAGUGCGACGUCACUCUGGUCCAAUCAGAAGACGGCAGCGGGAAGGGCGCCGCCCUCAUCACAGCCGUGGCCUGUCGGUUGAGAGAUGGCAAAAAGUAGCGCGAGUGGACCGAAAGGAUGAAUAAGGGAUGGGAAUCAAAAGGGAAAAGAAGAAGAAAGAAAAGAAGGGAAAGAAACGUCCUUCCAGAGAUUUAUGUUGUCCCGUAAUGUUACUGUUAAUCAGUUUUUUUUCUUGUCUGAAAUUCUGUUUAUUUUGCCUACUUUUACAUUACUUACUCCUCGUUUGAUAUUGAGCGAGAGGGUUAUUUAUAUGGGGUUUGUAAGUGUAGUGAGAGAGAAGGAGAGGGCUGUGUUGUUGAAUCCCCUUGUUGCUAAUUUAUUUUUGCUAUGUUAUGAAGUUUACUCUAGCAACACAAAGAGCCACAAGAGAAUUUAUUGAGCUGUUGAACUUGUAGGUGGAUGUUGUUAUUUUAUUAUUUUUUUUUGCUUACUUGUCUAAAUAUAGAAGCAAAUGUAACGCAGGAAUCAGGGUCUUUAGGCGAGUUUUCAAAGCGUUACACCUUACUGAUAACCCCUAAAACCCUUCAAAGGGUCCAGACUUUUCAUUCCUCACCCUUACAACUCCAUAAGUUACUCAAUAGUUUAAUUGUAAUUAGUGUGUAUUAAGCCUUACGAAAAUAACGAAGCAAUAAUUCUGCUGUUUAAGGGGUCAGCGGAGGACCUAAUCUAAAUUAGCAAUAUGAACUGACAUCAGUAUUCCUCCUGUUAGGGCUGUAUUCCAGCUUCAGCUCUGCUCCUGGUGACCACCAGCAGAGUGUUUAGAUGUUGUUCAGGCUCUUAAAAAUAAAAGUUCCUGAUUAGUUCUUGGCUUGGAUGUAUGAUUCUAGGAAAAACAUAUUUAAAUAGUUUCAACUUUUUAAAUGGUUCUUCUCAGCAUCUCAUCUCAUUUACAAAAAUGAGUCUUUGAAGAACUAGCCAUUGAAAGGUUUGUAGCCCUCGGGGACCCCCUGGUGGUCCGUGUUGGAUUCGCAUCGAUCGUCUAGGGUUCCUGAGGACAGAUUUGAGAACCGCGGCUUUAGUGAACCAAAAGUGUUUUUUCUAGGGCAUCACUCGGGAAGAACCCUUCUUGGCACCUCUGUUUUUAAGAGUGUAGCUGGAUAAGACUCCUAGAGUUUAAACUAGAACACGGCCUGAUUGUUUUAUAGGCUUUAAAUACUCUGUUUGAUGAAAGAUUAAUCAUUUUUAUAUCAAAACCGAGAGCAAUUUUCAAACCGCAAUUUUUAUUCUGGCCUGUCUAAAGUUUUAAGUGAGGAAAUCCAACCUAAUAACACAGAGCUGGUCAACUGACUGUAAAUGAGUUAGACCAAUCCAAGGCAUCCAAACCUCCGUGUGCUGUGACAUGACGACCACAACCAACUGGCAGUCAGGCACAUGUUCAGUGUUCAAUCCUCAAGACUGUGUGUUGGAACAGAUGCGCUGGAUGCCAUCAAAAUGCGAACCUAUGCUUUUUUGGCACUUGGGCGCAAUGAAACACCAUAGAGAGCCAGUCAAAUCCCACCCACCCACUUUCUACAGCUUUCUAAACUAUAUUUUAAAGCAAUAAUUUUUCAUUGGUGUGAAAAAAACUCAUUGGUGUGGUAGUUUCAGAGCAGCUCCUGCGCUGUACUAACGAUGUGCUGGAAGAGGCUCUUCUCUGAUACAGCGACAAAAACCUCUGAUUGUGAUUUUGUCACAAUAAACAGAUCUACUCUUUGUGCAAAACCUGUUUAAACCUGCUGUGAAACUGUUUAAUUAGAGAAGAUGGGGAGAAAAUAAAGGUGAUGCUACUGCCUGAAGUGUUUACAUGACAAAGCUGGUACUGAAUUACUGUCUUACGCAUUUAAAACGAUUUGUCAAAUUUGUGCUUCCAUCGCAUUUAUCAUAACUUUUGCACUAAGAAUCGUACAUAAUGGAAUGGCUUUGGUGCAUUCAGUUAAACAAGCGUUUUAAAAUAUUUUCUGUAUAUUAACAAUAACUAUAAAAGCAUUUUCAGACAUUUUACGUCAGGCUAAAAUUUUUGAGGUCUAGAAAAAGGCGAAGCUUCUGUGUACCAAAUAGAGAGGCGAAUGCCAACGUAAUAAACCAGCAAUCGAGUGUUCAAAUUAUGUGGGGCAAGUAAAGCUUCCAAAGCAGGGCUGAGCACUCCUGUCUUAUUCAGUGAGUGUGGAAAAUGGCAAAACCAAGCAAUAAAUAGCACUCUUUCUCCCAGAUGAGGUAUAAUGAUAGACUUUGGACUUCUCUACAAGAAUCCCUGAAAUGCCUUGAUGUUCUCCGCUGACGGACUAGCCUGAUAAAACCAUCCUGAGCCAAGCUUUCGCUUUACUUUGCUCUCCGCAUUCAGUCUGGCGUCAACCCAACGGGGAGCCGUUUGUUUUUGGCCAGCCAGAGUCUGCAAGUGAAUUAAGUGGACGUUUCAAUUGAUGAGAACAUAUGAAACAAAUAAAAAGCUUAGAAAGUGAA